AAGCUCGCUCUCAUUCUGCCGCAGUCUGCGUUGCGCUCAGUAGCCGUCCUGUGUACCUAAGAAAAAUCAUCGAGUUGAAUCAACAUGUCUGACGAGGGAAAGCUUUUCAUUGGUGGUCUGAGUUAUGAUACCAACGAGCAAUCCUUGGAGGAGGCGUUUUCCAAAUAUGGAACCAUUGCUAAAGUUGAUGUCAUCAGGGAUCGUGAGACCGACCGGUCCAGAGGAUUUGGCUUCGUUACAUUUGAAAAUCCAGAGGAUGCCAAGGAUGCCAUGGCUGCAAUGAAUGGGAAGUCCGUCGACGGCCGCAUGAUUCGUGUUGAUGAAGCCGGCAAAUCCGGAGGAAGGUCUGGUGGCUUCAGAGGAGGUUCUGGAGGUGGCAGAGGGUUCUUCAGAGGUGGUAGAGGUAGAGGUGGGGGAGGAUACGGUGGAGACAGAAGCUAUGGUAGUGACCGUAGUUAUAGCGGAGGUGAUAGGAGCUACAGUGGUGGCGAAAGGAGCUAUGGUGGAGGUGACCGAUCUUACGGCGGUGGUGGAUACUCCAACAGGAGUGGAGGAUACUCCGGUGGUGGCGGCGGUGGUGGAUACAGAGACAACAGUUUGUCCUAAAUUUUAGGAGCACGGGAGGCUAUGACCGUUCCGGUGGCUCCUACAGAGACAGUUAUGACAGUUACGCUUCACACGAGUAAAAAAAUUCCUGAUUGCAAGAUCAUCCCUUCGCUGGCUGUAUUUAAAAAGAUGCGAUCUUCGAAGACCUUUUUUUAUUUUUGCUUUCUUUGUUUUGUGUUCUGGUUCAAGUGUUCUAAAAGUACAGACUCCCUUUUUUUUUCUUUAACCGUGUUGAAAGUAUCCACAGGAUGUUCCUCAUUGGGGCACUACCUAAAAUCUUUGAGCAUUCAGUACUGUAAGAAUUCAAGCCGUUUGAGGCUUCCUGUACAUACCAUUUUUACCUUGUGAUGUGUUGAUGCUCACAGGGGUUUGAAAUUGUCCUUUUGUUUUUCUUUUUAGUAUGUGUUUAAGAAACUGUCUCUAAACCAUGCGUGAAAUUGACCGGUCCAGCACAGCCUGAUAGCUUCUAAGACCAAUUUCUAAACCAAUUCUUAAUUGCGGCUCACUGGAAGUGCUCGCGGGCAUUUGCAUUUAAACUGAAUUUUAAAGCGGCAGACCUGCCAACUGAAAGUGUAUUCUAAUCAGAUCCUCAAUAGAAGCUUGAUAAGCUGUGAUGUGCUCUCUAUGGCUCCUUGCCACCUCCAUUUUGUGAUGCAUUCCUUUAGUGAAGCAAGGCAGGCAUGUUGCAUUGGAGUUGUCUCCAGCAAACCUCCUUGAAGUAGCUAAAGAUUUGUAAAUAUUCCUUAUGCAAAGAGUAAACUAUUUGUAUGGGUUAAGCCUCAUUUGCAGCAUUCUCUUGGUGACCCAAGAUACUUUACUCUUUGCACCGCCUAAAAUUUAUUUUUAAAAGUAUGCUCUCUACUGUGGACUUCACUUAUCCUCUUAAAUGUGUCAAGGUUUUGUUCCUUCUGGAAAAGAAAUGUGCUCUGUUCUGUAUAUCAACGGCUUUUUUUUUUUUUUUUUUUUUUCCUUUUUGUAUUAAAUCUGGCUUCAUGAAGCCCAUUAAAAAUGGAUGGAAAAUGCUCUGACUUAUUUAUGCCUCCGAUAUCAAGUUUAAUAUAAGCCAGAAAAGUGUUUUGGAAUUGACUCUUAUAGGCUAGUUUGGGUAUUUAGUGAAGAUUCAACCUGUGGGUCUUAAAUUGACUAGGUAAAAGGGAAUUCAGCAAAAUAAAGGUGGAAACCUUGCUGUUAAAUGUGCUAUAGAUAGCAAUGGCUCUGUGUAAUGCUUCAUUGGAUCCAAGCGUUCUCUGCUAGCAAUUUUGGAAGUCCACAAUGUCCUUGGAGAAUGAAGUGUUGUGCCUUCCGACUCAAGAAUCCUGAGAUGAAAGCAGCUCUCUUGGCUAGGUCAAUUGUGGAAAUAGGCCUGUAAUGUGAGGUAAAACCUUUUGCUCUCCUGUACGCAUCCUACAACAGUUCUCAUUGUCCAUGUUUCCUUCGACUAGUGCCUCAAGUGAUUAUCACAUCUCCAGACUUUGUUCGACUCAGUUACACAAACCAAAAAUCUGCAUGACUUUACUUUUGGUAGCUCACUUUUGUGGUGGUAAAUAUGGCUCAUGCAGCCCUUGAAAAUAGAGGAUUCGAGAGUAUCCUUGUGCUGAGUUUUUUAUUUUUUGCCGGCUCAAUGUCAGCUUUGAUCACUUAAUCACUCAAGUAAACUUGAAAUGUGAAGAAAUUGCAAAAGUGACAAGUCCUUGCGCCACCUACCUCACUGUCCUGAUCAAGUCCCAUAAAAAUGCCUUUCCCUCAGCCCUAUCUUGACAAUUAAGUUUGCUCGUUAGUUUAAUUGUAUUGUCAAAUAUAAUAUUUGGGAACUUUAUUUUUUUUCCCUGUCUUUUCAAUUCAAUAAAAUACCCCUUUUAUUUUUCAGGUUGAUAUACCAGACAUGGUGGUAAACUAGAAGAUCAGACUAAUCUUGAUGAAGUCAUUUUCAUGGCAAAGAUGUGGGAGAACUUUCAUGGAAAUGAAGUGCCUACUGUGCAGAUGAACCUAUCUCUCCCAAUAACUGUAAUGGAAUCAUAAGAACGCUUCACUAAAGGCGAUCACCCUGACCUCUGGAUUGAAGUUGUGGUGUUGCUGAAAGUGUUCUAGUACCUUUUCAAAGGCUUGUUGUAAAUGGUAUAAUUAAGGCAAUUUAAUAAAGUUUUAUACUGA